ACACGGCCAGGUAUGGAGAGCUCCUCUCUAGCUAACACCAAUAUCAGGCUAGCAUCCCUUCGCACUGAAAACCGAAGCCCCUUUGGCGGCCUCUUACAGCCCCUCGUCGCUCUUCAAGUUGACAAGUCGACUGUUAACUCGAGGUUUCAUUUCCAGUCUUAUAGAAACUGGUUUUUUUCCUCGACCUUGACUCGCCAUUUCGAUGUAGGUUGUUUUCGAAUAGCAAUUUUCGGCAAUACGCUACAAGGCGGAAACUGCUAUUCUUGAUCAACCUCUUGCUGGUUCACGGCAGCUUCUUGUGUUGCUCAAAGCGUACGUCAGUCGCGACGCACCAGGUCAACAUGGCGGACAAAUUCGAGCCUGUUCCGCGCGACGCGCGGGUGGUCGCGAGCAUCUUGAAAUCGAUGGGUGUGGACGACUACGAGCCACGUGUCGUCCACCAGCUUCUGGAGUUUGCAUAUCGCUACAUGACCGACGUGCUUGGGGAGGCCCGUGUGUAUUCGGAGCAUGCGGGGCGGUCCUCGCUUGAAGUGGACGACGUGCGGCUGGCUGUGCAGUCCAAGGUGUCCUUCUCCUUCUCGCAGCCGCCGCCUAGAGAGGUGCUCAUGGAGUUGGCCCGAGCGCGCAAUUCCGUGCCAAUCCCCCCCAUAACUGGGUCGGGUCUCUUCGCGCUGCCCCCUGAAGCUGAGUGUCUGCUGCAGCCCAACGUGCAGAUCGCUGUUCCGGUGCCCGGCCCUGCUGCUCGUGGAUCACACAAGAGGCAGCGAGACGGGGACCUGGGAGGGAAGGCGGGGGGCAGGGGAGGAGGGGCCAAGGGAGGGGAGGCGGCUGCCAGAGUGAAGAAGGAGCAGGGGGGGGAGUCGCUACAGGAUGGGAAAGUUGGUCUAGGGGGCCCAAAGGUGUCAUUCUCCCUUGAUGCUAGAAAACGAUGAUUGCUGUAACAAAGUGACAUGACCUGAUCUUCACACAUGCAAAGCAUUUGGCCUGAUUAGGCCUACCCAAUAUCUUCCUCUUUGAGAACAAUUGGAGAAUGGGGCCAUGGGAGGAAGAGCUAGGCCGUGCAAGUUGUCAAACUAGCUAGGUAGCUAGGGAAGCCAUGGAAUGGCAAGAGGUUUUAGGCUAGGAGAAAUAUCGAGAGAGAAGAGAUCUUGGAAUAGAAGAGAGGGAUACAA